CGCAGCGAGCCUGCAGGACCGCGAUUGUCCUCUGUCACGUGCGCCUCCAUUAUUUGAGUCCGAGUCGUCUCCGUGUCAUCAGUCUUGAGUCACCAUGCAGUCAAGAGUCGUGAGUCAGGGUCGAGACUCACGCAAGCCAUGGCUUUUUCGGCUUGCCAUUCGAUUCGUAUUGUGAUCACGAGUAUCACCGUCAUCAUCAGUCAGCCCGAAGUGAAGGCGACAUAAGCACCCUUGCCUUAGGAAACCCAUCUUCACCGACGGAAAACCGUUCACCUAAAUUUCGCACCUUCGCCACCUUGUCAAGCUCACAAGAUGGGUGCCGACGGCGGGAGCAUCGCAGGACGCUCGGACAUGGUCCGCGUGCGAGCUAAACAGGGCGCGACUCCGGAAUCCUCAGCUGCCUCGAGUCACGCACAAUCGACUACAUGUCGCCUCUCUGGCAAGCCAUUAAGGGCGGGCAAAGGAGAAGUUGUGGCCGACGCGUUGGGAAGGAUGUACAAUAAGGAGGAAGUGUUGAUCCACCUGGCCGAGCGUGCAAAGGAUAGCAGAGGACCCCUGAGCCAUGUAAAGCGUCUCAGCGAUGUGACAGUCCUCAACCUGACGCCGUCAAACUUAGCGUCGUCCAUCAAGCCCAGCGCUGCCUCUUCGUCGGAUACUGCAGUUCCUUUCGCGUGUCCUCUAACGUCCAAGUCGCUGAACGGCAAGAGCAGAUUCAUCUACCUGACCACUUGUGGUUGCGUCAUGUCUGAAUCUGGGCUCAUCGCCACUGUUGGUGACGCCAGACAGCGCCACCGCGCGGACCGCGACGGGCAACUCAGCACUGGCGCCAAACGCAAGGCCUCAGCUGUCGAGUCUGACAAAGAAGGAGAACGUUAUGGGUCAUCACACUCCAGCCCCGAAGAGGAGGAUAAAGCGGGGACAUCCUGCCCAGUCUGCGGCAAGGUCUUCACGCUAGCAACGUCGACGAAGGAUCAAACAGAAGGUGCGGGCGAGUCAAAGCAUGCGAAAGCUCCGAUGAGCGGUGACACAGUGCCUGGUGGCGAUGUAAUCAUAAUCAAUCCACACAUAGGGGAGGAGCUGGUCAUGCGCGUCAGUCUAGACAGACGCUUGGCAAUGGAGGCAGAGGAAAAGGCCAAAAAGAAGGCUGCAAAGCGUGCUCAAGCCGAUCUUCCGCCUGGCGCGGAUGUCACGAGGCAGGUCGUGCCGCAGGACAAGGAAGAGAAGCGGAUCCAAAGAGAUGCGAAGCGCGCCGCGAAGCUCGCGGCCUUGGCCGAGGCGACGUCAGCUGCAAGCGACCUUGUCGAGCCAGACUUGAAGCGCCCACGGCUCGACUACGCCGGACCUAAUGUGGAAGAGAAGUCGCGCGCCCCUGCUGCUACCUCUGCUGCUGCGGCCAUUGCACGGUUGGCGAAGGAGUCGGCGGCGAAGAGGGCUCGAGGAGAGGGAAUGAGCGAAGCGAUGAAGCAGGUGUACGGGAUCGGUCAGGAGCGUAAGAAAACGCAAGGUAGCGAUUGGAUGACCAAGGGCACGUUCAAUCGCUUUGCCUGACAUCGCAUCGCGACUGCUUGCCCUCUGCGACUGCUCCCUGCUUCGACGUUCUGCUGCCGCCCCUGCAUUGUACCACCAUCGGCGAUAUCGCAAUAUCACACUCUCGAGGCGGCUCGUUCAAACAAGCCCACUCCAGGCUGCUGUGCGCGGCCAUCUAUUUGUUCUGCGUUGAUGACUGCGGAAAGCUGCGUCUACGUGGGCCGCAGGCCAAUUCUCACAGGAGCAAGAGGAUGCGCAAUCGGCCCAUUUGCCUGCAUUGGCGUCUGUGUGCGUGGUCGGAGCCGGAUGAACUCUUGGAACUAGGGAUGGGAUUUGGAGAUCAUG